AUGAAGGUCCAGACCUUGCUCUCCGCCCUCCUCCCCGCCUUCGCGAUGGCCGCGCCAUCGGCGGAUAAGAGGGCGGCCAAGCCCCCGGCCUUCUUCCUUGCCGGCGACUCGACCACGGCGGUGCAGUCCGAGGGCGGCGGCGGCUGGGGCAACGGGUUCCUGGGCUUCCUGAAGAAGCCGGCCUUCGGGACCAACUACGGCCGCAACGGGCGGACGACCGUGGACUACGUCAGCGGAGGGUACUGGGCGACGGUCAAGAAGGCCGUCCAGGACAACGUCAAGGACUUUGACGUCUACGUGACGAUCCAGUUCGGUCACAACGACCAAAAGCCCGAGAAGGGCAUCUCCCUCGACCAGUACCAGACGAACCUGGGCAACCUCGCGAAAGAAAUCAAGGCCCUGGGCGCGACUCCAAUCCUCGUGACGCCGCUCACGCGCCGCAGCUUCUCCAACGGCGUGGUGACUAACAACCUGUCGAACGAGCGGGAGCGGACGAUCGCGGCGGCGACGGCGACGGGCACGACGUACAUCGACCUCAACCUCAACAGCCGCAAGUUCGUGCAGGCGAUCGGGGAGACCAAGGCGCACUCGUACAACCUCAAGGACGGGGACAACACGCACCUGAACGCGGAGGGCAGCAAGGUGUUCGGGCGGCUCGUGGCGGACCUGCUGCUGCAGAAGAAGACGAACCUGGCGGAGUGGUUCAACGCUGAUAAGGCGCUUAGCGACGAGAUUUGGAAGGCGAUUAACAGCUCGACUGUUUAG